UGUUUUUUUAAUUUUGACCAAGCACGUGUGUUUUGGUUUUGCCGUGCUGCAAAGAUAUCUUAAAUUGUUUGAAAGGCACGCGAUUUAGUCAACAAAUCAUGCCGAAAGUACGCAGCACAACGGGCAAGCCCCGUACCCAGGGGUUCAAUCAUUCAAACCACUCGAUGAACCCAGAACGGCCUAAGGAAGGACUCAAAGGUGUUGCGCACCCCCGUACGAAGGGGACCAUUAAGCGGCUCCAGAUGUAUCGCAACUUCAAGGCCAAGCGAGAUCGUACCGGCAAGAUCAUCUGUCCGGCUCCGUUCCAGGGUCGCCUGCCUGCUGGUUCAAUGGCCAGAGUGGAGCCCACACCCAAGUGGUUCAGCAACUCCCGCGUGAUAUCCCAAACAGCUCUUCAAAAGUUCCAGGAUGAGAUUGGCAAGGCCGUCAAGGAUCCGUAUCAAGUCAUCAUGAAGCCAUCCCAGCUGCCAGUAACGCUACUCAAUGAGGCUUCCAAAUACAAGCGUGUCCACCUCUUGGACACAGAAAGCUUUGACAGUGUAUUCGGGCCAAAGAAGCAGCGCAAACGUGUCAGCCUUAAGGUGCGUGAUCUGGAGGAUUUGAGCAAGGCUGCCGACGAGCAGGCGGAUAAAUAUGACUCAACCAAGGACAUAGAUCUGAUACGCGAAGACACGGGCGAAAAGAAGGCCGUGCGAGAUUGGGUAUUCGGUGCUGGAGGUAGCAGGCGUAUCUGGAACGAGCUGCACAAGGUCGUAGACGCUUCCGAUGUCCUGCUGCAGGUCUUGGAUGCCCGUGAUCCCAUGGGCACACGCUCCAAAUACAUCGAGGAGUUUCUGCGCAAAGAGAAGCCGCACAAGCACUUGUUCUUCAUUCUGAACAAAGUGGAUCUGGUGCCUGUGUGGGUCACACAGCGUUGGGUGGCCAUCCUCAGUGCUGAGUAUCCCACAAUCGCGUUUCAUGCCUCUAUGCAGCAUCCUUUUGGCAAAGGCGCCCUCAUCAAUCUGUUCCGUCAGUUGGGUAAACUGCAUUUGGACAAGAAGCAAAUCAGUGUGGGAUUUAUUGGCUACCCGAAUGUUGGAAAGUCCUCGGUUAUCAAUGCCCUGCGCUCGAAGAAGGUCUGCAAGGUGGCACCCAUUGCCGGAGAGACGAAAGUGUGGCAGUACAUAACGCUAAUGAAGCGCAUAUUCCUGAUCGAUUGCCCCGGCGUGGUGUACCCCACGGCUGAGACGGACACGGAAAAGGUGCUCAAGGGUGUGGUGCGUGUAGAGUUGGUCACCAAUCCGGAGGACUAUGUGGACACUGUGCUGCAGCGUGUACGCAAGGAGUACAUUGCCAAAAACUACAAAAUCGAUGACUGGACCUCGCCGAAACACUUCCUCGAGCAGCUGGCCAAGAAGUCCGGCAAGUUGUUGAAGGGAGGCGAGCCAGACGUUACCGUGACAUCCCGCAUGGUGCUCAAUGACUGGCAGAGAGGCAAGCUUCCCUUCUAUGUGCCACCUGAAGGUUUUGCCACUCCAAAAUCACAGGAGGGUAAGAUAGUAGAAGAGCCAACUGGCGACGAUGCGAACUCAGAUGCCAGGUCCGAGGCUCCAACCUUUGUAAGCGAGUCGGUCAAGAGGGCUCGAGAGUUUAAGCAGAUUCAGGACUUCCGAAAGAUUCGAGUGGGCUUGGAAUACGAGCAGCAGGAUGUCAAGGAGCUUGAUCACAUCGACUUGGAGCUUUUGGAGCAGCAGAAAACAGAACGGGCGGCCCGCAAAAAGGCUCGUCAGCUCGCCGAUGAGGAGGAAGAAUCGAGCGAUGGAGCCAGCGAUUUCUACUCUGAAGAUGAGUACAAUGAUGAUUUGCAGCGUGUUGUCCACAAGAAGGCCAAGACAAAGAAGGUCCAACAGCUGGCCAUCACAUCGUCUGGAAAGUUCCGCGUGGCCAAGGUCCAGCCAGGUGACUCUGAUGACAUGGGCGAUAGUUCCGACGAUGCCGCCGGUCCCAGCAGUGCGAAGGCUCCGCGCCUGACGGCCAAACAGAAGCGUGCCUUGGAACGCAACCAGAAACGCAAGAAGAUCGGCAGCAACUUCUACGAGAUGACCAACGUGAAGAAUCGCAAUCGCAACAAGAAAAGGGACACGUAAUGUUUACACUCUAGGCUAUAUUCUGUUGCAAGAAAGAAUUACACGUUAAGCACCCCAAUAAAAUGAUUGAUCUGACCCUA